AUGGGGUGGAGCAGAAGAUCUAAGUAUGCUUUCGACGCGCUUCGAAACUUCACUUCAAAGAUUGUACCCAAAAAUCCAAUUCGCCCCACAAACCCAAUUCGAGAGUCCAUUCAAAAAACCAACCACCAGUUUUCUUCUACACCCAAUUUGAAUCAAUCUCGGGGUUCUGGGUUUGCUUUUUCUUCUUCACCAACUUGUAGGAUCUUGGGUUUUGAAUUUGGACUCGAGCAGAACCAAUACAGUCCUUUUCUUCAUGGUAUAAAAAGAUAUUACUCUGUGGAUCGAUCCAAAGUUAACCAUUUUUGGUCACGAGGGCCUCGAAGAUGGUACAAGAAACCAAGGAUAGUUUUGACUGUGACUUUGGUGGGUGGGUUCAGGGGUUUUGAUAACCGAGUAAAAUUGUUAUAUGUGCAUGCCUUUGUCCAAAAAAAAAAAAAUAAAUAA